GUUGAAUUUAGUAAGGACUCUGAAAUUGUUGGAUGUUCUGUUCUUCUGAUCACCUUGUCUUCUUCCUUCUCUCUCUCUCUCUCUCUCUCCCCCGUCUGACCCAGAAUUUAGUAGAGGAAAAGUUCUUUGCUUUCUUGCUCUUACUCAAGACUCCUGCUGAUUCUAUCGCACCCAGAUCGUGUCAGCCGCAGAGCUAUCUCGGUUUGGCUGCUGAUUUGGUAAAAUACACACACACACACACACACACACACAUAUAUAUAUGUUCUUCAAGCUGUCCUUACCUGGAAGUAGAUUAAAGACAAGAGCCUUGCUUAUUGGACUUUGACUUAAAUCAGUUUCUGCUCAUGAGUUACUGAAUUUGACCUCAGAAGGUGUCAAAUUCUUCUACUUUGGUGUUACAUAUAUAUAGAAAUUGGAGAAUUACUAGAAGAGAAUGAUACAUGAAAACAAGGGAACUUGUGGGAGUAAUUUAAUCUUCAUAAAUGGUUGUCUCUAUCUGGGUUUUCGAUUUCUUAUACUGCUGAUUUUGUACCUCAUUGGUGAAAUGGGUUGUGUAUAUCUGGUUUGAUUCUUUCAUUUGAGGUAUCGAAUUUUCGGUUCAGUUCUGCUUUGAGGGUUUGGCAGGAUUUGUGGUUGAGAUCAUUUGUUUCUGAAGUCAUGAUCAAGAACUUAUUUGGUAAGCUUCCUAGGAAGCCGUCUAAGUCAGCCGAGAAUCGUGAGCUCGGGGGUUCAUCUGCCCCUACAUUCAAUGCUUCCUCCAUAGGUUCAAGAAGCGGUGAUGUAGGGAAUAGGCCACUUAAUUCGAAUAGAGUACCUCUUUUGGGUCUUGAUUCUGCUUCAAAUUUAGGAUAUGGCCAUGGAAGCAAGUCCCCCCAACUUGUCAACUCAAGUCUGAAUUCUGUUACAACUUCGUAUGAAGCAUUUCCAGCGUUUAGAGAUGUACCCAACUCCGAGAAGCAUAACUUGUUUGUGAAAAAGCUGAACUUAUGUUGUGUAGUGUUUGACUUCACCGACCCGACAAAAAAUCUGAGAGAAAAAGACAUCAAGCGGCAGACGUUGCUAGAGCUUGUAGAUUAUGUUACCUCUGCAAAUGGAAAGUUCACUGAAAUUAUAGUUCAAGAAGUUGUAAAGGUGGUGAGUGUGAAUUUGUUCAGGUCGUUCUCUCCACAGCCCCGAGAGAACAAGGCUUUAGAAGGAUUUGAUUUGGAGGAGGAGGAGCCUUUGAUGGACCCUGCAUGGUCACACUUACAGAUUGUAUAUGAACUUUUUCUGAGGUUUGUUGCAUCACCUGAGACAGAUGCAAAGGUUGCUAAGAAGUACAUUGAUCAGUCUUUUGUUCUCAAAUUAUUGGAUCUCUUUGAUUCUGAGGAUCCCAGGGAAAGGGAGUACUUAAAAACAAUUCUGCAUCGUGUCUAUGGAAAGUUUAUGGCGCAUCGCCCAUUCAUUAGGAAGGCGAUCAACAAUAUAUUUUUCCGAUUUAUUUUUGAAACAGAAAGGCACAAUGGGAUUGCUGAGCUUUUAGAGGUUUUGGGCAGUAUAAUCAAUGGAUUUGCUCUUCCACUUAAAGAAGAACACAAACUUUUCCUAGUUCAGGCUCUGAUCCCCCUUCACAAGCCAAGAUGCUUACAAAUGUACCAUCAGCAGUUGUCCUACUGCAUUUCACAGUUUGUCGAGAAAGAUUGCAGGCUUGCAGAUACUGUUAUAAGAGGGUUGUUAAAGUACUGGCCAAUCACAAAUAGUUCAAAGGAAGUCAUGUUCCUAAGUGAGCUCGAGGAAACUUUAGAAGCAACUCAGCCAGCAGAAUUUCAGAAAUGUAUGGUACCACUCUUCCGCCAAAUAUCUCGUUGCUUGAGCAGUUCACACUUUCAGGUGGCAGAGAGGGCUUUGUACUUGUGGAACAAUGAUCACAUUGAGAACUUAAUCAGAGAAAACUGUAAAGUCAUAUUGCCCAUUAUCUUUCCUGCCCUGGAGAAGAAUGGCCGCAACCACUGGAACCAAGUGGCCCGGAGCUUGACAUUAAAUAUCCGUAAAAUCUACUCCGAUGUUGAUCCUGAGCUAUUUGAGGAUUGUUUGCUCAAAUUUCAAGAAGAGGAAGCAAAAGAGGAGGAGAUACAAGCAAAACAUGAAGCCACCUGGAAGCGCUUAGAAGAGGUUGCUGCUUCAAACGCUGUUAGCAGUGAAGCAGUUGGUCGCCGUUUGGGUUCAAUCCAAACAUCUUCAAGCUAAUGGUGGAGGGAUAUACUCAUGCUGUUAGAAGGUCUCAUGUUUCUGUUUUGCUGCUUUUGGAUCGUUUGGGGGGAUUGCGUGGCUGUGUGCUGUGAAGGUUGAACACUAAUUGAUAGUUGUCCAUUCUCUUUCCUGUUUGCCCCUCUAUAUUCGGCUAUUUUCACCCCACGUUCGAGAAACAUUGCACAGCAAUGGAAUUCAGGGAUUUUCACAGAUACCAUUUACACAAAACAACAAAACAGGAGUUUGACGCUGCAUUACAUAUUCAGCACGGUGAACAUAGUGGUAUAGUCGAUAAGGGUUAACAUGUAAGAAGCUGCAAAGUACAGGUAAUUUUAUUCACUUGGAGUUGAUUUAAUUGGUUUGAAGUACUCACUGAACUACUUUGUCGCGUUUCUGUAUGUGUAUAAUAUCUAUUGGUGGAUCUCAGAAAGAUCUAUUUGCGUGUGCAUUUUUUAAUAUAUUGAUAUAUCUGAUUGGCUUUA